ACUGCCGAUUCCUUCCAUGUUCAGCACCCGGUGAGCGGCUAUAUCUGCUUGCCAUCCUGUCCUGUAUUAAACAUACAUAACGUUACCCCCUGUCAAAGUAAAUAUGCGGUAUCAUUGAUUCACUUCUGCUGCACGUUGGCCUGGGACUGAUGCUGGGCGCUACAGGCAGGAAACAUGCAGCAGAAGCGCAACAUUCAGAUUAUAGAAUGGGAGGACUUGGACAAACGCAAGUUCUACUCCUUUGGACUGUUCAUGACCAUGACCAUCCGUGCCACGGUCUACCCAGCCACGCUAAUCCGCACCAGACUGCAGGUUCAGAAGGGGAAAUCUCUCUACACUGGGACCUACGACGCCUUUCGGAAGAUUCUCAGAACAGAGGGUCUGAGAGGACUCUACAGGGGCUUCAUGGUGACCACGUUCACACUCAUAUCAGGGCAGGCGUACAUAACCACUUAUGAAUUGGUAAGAAAAUAUGUCUCCAGCUACUCUAAAGACAAUACGCUGAAGUCUUUAGUGGCGGGAGGCUCAGCGUCACUGGUGGCCCAGAGCAUUACUGUUCCCAUAGAUGUCGUUUCACAGCAGCUUAUGAUGCAGGGCCAAGGGGAGCAUCUGACCCGCUUUAAAGUUAAACCCAAAACACCAUCGGGAGCAAAGCACUCUGUGUUUUUCGGCCAGACAAGAGACAUUAUUGGGCAGAUAUUUGCAGCAGAUGGCAUUCGUGGGUUCUACCGAGGUUAUGUGGCAUCUCUUCUUACAUACAUCCCCAACAGUGCUGUUUGGUGGCCCUUUUACCACUUCUAUGCAGAACAGUUGUCUAAAAUGGCUCCCAGUAACUGCCCUCAUCUGGUGCUUCAGGCAAUGGCUGGACCUCUAGCAGCUGCCACUGCCUCCACUGUCACCAACCCCAUGGAUGUCAUCAGGGCUCGGGUUCAGGUUGAAGGCCGGACAUCAGUCAUCGAGACCUUUUACCAACUGAUCAGAGAGGAAGGUUUCUGGGGCUUGACCAAAGGCCUCUCUGCUCGCAUCAUAUCCUCAGCACCCACAGCAAUAGUCAUGGUGGUUGGUUAUGAAACACUCAAAAAACUCAGCUUACGCCCAGAGCUAGUUGACUCUCGACACUGGUAAAAAAAAAA